AUGGGAGGGCUCGCGGGUGACUCAAGGAUUUUAAGAGAUGCUGUCAGCAGGCCUGUAGGUCUCGAAGUUCCUAAAGGAUGCUACUACCUCUGUGACAAUGGAUAUCCCAACGCUGAAGGAUUCUUGACGCCUUACAAAGCAGUCCGUUACCAUCUUAAGAAAUGGGGCGUCGGAAGGCAAGCACCCCAGAAUCCGGCAGAGCUGUUUAACCUUAGGCAUUCUAAGGCGAGGAACGUCAUCGAAAGAUCAUUCGCCGUGCUGAAAAUGAGAUUGGGUAUCCUCAGAUCAGCAAGCUUUUAUCCGAUAGAUGUUCAAACCGGGCUAAUAAUCGCAUGCUUUCUGCUUCACAAUUACAUACGAUGUCAGAUGGUGGUUGAUCCCUGA